AUGGCAUCGAUAUCGAGCCUUCCUCCCGAGAUGCUGGGUGAAAUUGCCGCAUGCUUUCAAGAUGACAGCCCACUUAACGCACACAAUGACUGGACAGCCGACCAGAAGACGCUCGCGAUUCUUUCCAGGGUUUCGAAGUCAUUCCAAUAUGCAGCCCAACCUCUUCUUUAUCGCAACAUCUAUCUCGCCGUCCGGGACCCAGUCGGCAUCAACAUCUUGUCAUUGAUCAAGGUUCUUUAUCAUCGCCAGGACCUCCGCUCCAAGGUGAAUAAAGUCCAGAUACACUUUGAAAAGGCUUUCUCUUGCCACCUGGAGCGAACUACGGAUGAUGUCAAGAAUCUACAUGAUAUGGCUUGGAAUAUGGAUCAGACAAACCUCUGCCGUGCACUGUAUUGGAGCACAAAAGGUUCCUGGUUGUACAACAACGUACUAUCUUCGCUACUCUUCAAUCAGCUUCAAGGUGUAUCUCAAGUCAUGAUCACUGGGCUAGAUGGUCCGGACAUAACAGACGACUAUGGAGAAUUCGACCACUUUGAAAAUGCCUGGUCGGUCUUGCCAUAUCUCUGGAUAGCGCCCUCUGAGACACCGGAGGCUUUGCUUCCGAACUUGGCUUUUCUUCGUCUGGACGCUCACGUCAUUACAAUCCCCGGAAGCUUAGAAUUCCACUUGCUCGCUCGUCUCGCACCCAACCUCGAAUCGAUCUCAGGCUGCAGGUUCGAGAGCGUCCCGGCAGCGGCAUUCAAUGGAUUCAAAAAGCUCAAGCACUUGUCUCUCGUGGAUGCACCUCUAGAGCAUGAGUGUUUUCCUAACGAGGAACCUCUUCUCGGGAUUCCGCCUGGUCUACAUUCUUUUCAUUACAUUGUGUGCGACAGGUCAAGGGAUGAGCUGUACAUAUCCCCGAUGAAGGCCCGACAGGCGCUGGCCCAACAUUCAGAUACUCUGAUUUCCAUUUCUCUUCAAUUCUCUCUGGAUAGAGAAAUGGAGGACGAGUGGUUCGACACUUUCGAAAUGUUCAAAAACCUUGAGCAUCUCUCGGUGAAUCCAUCGGACUUUGCGAUGAAGUUUUACAAUGGCUUGGGCCCAAAUGCGUUCAUCACAUCAUUACCUCGAUCGCUUCGAAGCUUAACCCUUUUAAGCCAGGAUCAUCUGGAAUACCAGGAUAUCGAAUGGCUUGCCGAUGCCCUCCAGCAUGGUGACUUUGAGAAUCUCGAAAGCUUCACCAUCUACGUUCAUGACAAAGACAGUGACUCCUUCUACACCAACUUGGGAGAAACUUGGCGUGGAAUCGAGAAGCCAGAGGUAGAGGAGGAAGACGCUUUCUUCCGUGUCACAGUGAUUUCUGAGACCACAUCGAGGGAAUUGUGGUGUUAUUGGUGA